GCGCCGCGCCGGGCCUAGAGCCGCGCCGGGCCAGGCCGGGCCGAGCCGAGCCGGGCGAGCUUCUCCCGGCGCGGCGGCACCCGCGAUCUCCAGAGGUCUCCCUGGAGUCGCCAGUAGCCCCCGGGACGUUGAUUCAGCAUGGCGAGAACACAGCUCCAGGUGCUCGUGCCGGUGGCCGUCCUGCUGGCGGCGGCGGUGCUCGUCACGGGACCCUCGCAGGCCGCGGCCUCCCCCGUGGCCGGCUUCGGCGACGCCUUCACCACCAUCCCCAAGAAGGUGAUCGGCGCCGUCCUGGGCAAACCGGAGGACGCCGGCGAAGAGACCGCUCACGACCACCACCACCACCUCCACCACCACGAUGCGCCCCCCAAGGCCGGGUCGUCGCCGGCGCCUGCCGCCGCACCCGUCGCUGCACCUGCCGCCGCACCCGCCGCCGCACCCGCAGCUGCACCCACUUCUGCGCCCACCGCUGCCCCCACUUCAGCGGCCACCGCUGCGCCCACAGCUGCGGCCUCCUCGACCGCAGCUGCGCCGACCACAGCCGCGACCGAGCUCCGGCAGGCAGCCCCGGCGUCCUCCUCGACCAAUCAGGAUUACACCGCCGAGCAGCUCAAGGAGUGCCGUAAGAACUGGCUGGACGUGACCAACAGUACCGUCAACCAGAACCUGGACAUCCUCCAAAUCCUGCUGGACAACGGCGGCUUCCCCGGCCAGCUGGAGAAGGGCGUCGAAUGGAAGCGCAACAAGACGGCCGAGGACCCGAACCGCUGGACCUAUUUCUUCGGCGACACCGACUACAAGACGUUCAUCCGCGUGGAGAACGGCGAGGUGUCCUCCAAGGCGGCCCCUGUCCACGGCACGCAGCCCAGGGAGGUGACGGGCGACAUCUGGUGGUCGCCGGAGAACUUCUGCGGCAAACUGAGACACGCCAAAUACAGCCAGACCCCGCAGACUGCGCGGCCCGCUUGGAUCGACGUCGCGGAGGUUUGCUUCGUGAAGGGCGCGGGCGAGGGCUCCAGGCUGCACUGUCUGGAUGUGCUGGGCGACCGAGAAGGCAGCAAGAUAGCCAUGCUCAUUGCCACAAUCGUCGGCGGCUGAAACGUGACAGUGACGUUGUGAAAUUGCCACGCAGAUGUAAUCCUAACGACAGUUGGUUGUUUCUGUUGCUCUUUGAUAUUGGCCCCGCUCCAGUAAUUCAUUUGGAGUUGGUUUGGCCGAUUGCAAUGGCCAACGGACUGAAGGUGAGUGGCUAGCUGCAGCACAGCAGCACCUCGCCUGCGAAAGACUGAUGAGGGCAACGAAAUGUGCCGACGAAAAACACAGUAAGUGUGUAAUAUCCUACUUCCAUGUGUCUGAGUAUUUUAUUGUUGAUCCCUCCAACUGCUGUAAUCAAUGUCGGUUGAGCUCAGACAUGCAAUAAUGUUAAUUAGUUCUGGAGUAAAUUUGCUACUGUAGAACCGUUUAGUGUAAUAAACAAGCGAAAAAAACA